AUGCCUCUCACAAAUCUCCCCUUCACAGUUCCCGUUGAUCCUAUCAGCGCUCCAAGAGCUGGUCAUGGUGGUUAUGUCGGACUGAAUCCUCACUCAGAGGUCCUUCCAGCGGGUUGGAAACACGACAGUCCUCAAGCUCGGCCUUUACCUUCAGCUGUUCUCGUUGAACAUGAUGUUGCGUUCAAAAUGCGCGAUGGCGUCACGCUUUAUGCUGAUGUGUAUCGACCACCCAACACUGAUGAGCCUGUUCCUGCGAUUAUCUGCUGGUCUCCCUUUGGAAAGAAAUUCAAUGGCAUUUUGUCUCUAGAACUCAUGGUUCCUUGGAAUCUGGGUAUCCCGUCACAUACCCUUUCUGGACUUGAGAAGUUUGAGGCGCCUGACCCCGCUGAUUGGGUUCCCCGCGGUUACGCUGUUGUGAACAUCGAUUCUCGUGGAUCUGGAGAUAGUGAAGGAACCUUGGUCAUUAUGGGAACUCAAGAAGCCGAAGAUGGAUAUGACACCAUCGAAAGCAUCUCCAAACUCCCUUGGUGUAACGGGUCUGUUGGUCUAGCAGGCAAUUCUCAUCUCGCUAUUGUACAAUGGUUCAUCGCAGCAUUGAAUCCACCCAGUCUCAAAGCCAUUGCUCCUUGGGAGGGUUGUGGCGAUUUAUAUCGCGAGCAAUUCGCCCGAGGCGGAAUUUACGCAGGCGACUUAUUUGACAAACUUAUCGUCAAGUACAUGAUGCAAGGCCAUCACGGCAUCGAGAGCUUCCGAGAAAUGUUCAAACAGCAUCCUCUAGCUAAUGAAUGGUGGAAUGACAAGCGCCCAGAUAUGAAGAAGAUCAACAUCCCUACAUAUAUCACCGGUACAUGGACCAACACUAUGCACGGUAUGGGCGCAAUUCGAGGCUGGCUUGAAGUCAACACUCCUCAUAAAUGGCUUCGCUUUCACCCUUGGCAAGAGUGGUACGAUAUUUGGGGUAACGAGCAAGCGAGAAUUGAGCUACUUGAUUUCUUUGAUUACUUCCUCAAGGGCAAGGAUAAUGGCUGGGACAAGGUACCAAAGGUUCGCACAGCUGUCUUGCGAUUUGGUAAGAAGGAGCCUCAAUCGUAUGAGAAUAUCGUCGAGGAGAACUUUCCUAUCCCAAGGACAGACUACAAGAAGCUCUACUUCACAAAGGACAGCAAACUCGCGCCCGAGAAGCCUGUUGACGCCUCGUCGGUCAGCUACAACUCUGAGACAGAUGAUCAGGUCAGCUUCACUUACCGUUUCGAUCAAACAACGAGAUUAGUCGGUCUUCCCAAGGCAGUACUUUACAUGUCCUGCCCCGACUACGACGACAUGGACGUCUACGUCACCCUCGAGAAGCUCGACUCCAACGGCCAAGUCAUGAUGAACCUUAACAUCCCGUGGAAGGGCAUCCCCAAGCAAUCAUUCGAAGAGAUGGACCCCAAAGAAAAGACAGAGGUAGUAGUCUACCGCGGUCCAAUGGGUGUACUCCGUGCAUCGCAUCGUGAGAUCGAUGAGAGCAAGAGUAUGCAUCCACACUGGCCUUUCCAUCCUCAUGAAAAGGUUGAGAAGAUCAAACCCGGUGAUGUUGUUAGACUUGAUAUUGGCAUUUGGGCUAUGGGUAUUGAGUAUGAGGCUGGGGAGUCAAUUAGGGCUGUUGUUUGUGGAAGGAAUAUUGGCGUGAGCAAUUUUGGAAGUUUAGAGCAUUUGGAUAAUCAUGGGAAGCAUGAGGUUCAUGUUGGUGGCGAGCAAGCUAGUCAUGUUAUUCUUCCGUUUGUUUAA